AUUGCACUGCCAACGUAUGCAAACAGGAACAUGGCUAACGGCGUUUAACAUCAGCAGUCCUCUGAAUACUCUUCUGUUCGCCUGACACAGUGUGUGACAGCCCGACACUUGCUGUGUCCCUGUGACAGAAGAAGAGCUUCUGUAGAGUUUGUCAGCGGAGCCUGCGGCCGGAAAACAGCGUUGUUUUCGUUGUUCAACAAUCACAGACAGUGCGGGUCAUCAUGGCAAGUCCAAGGACCAGAAGAGUUCUGAAGGAAGUGAGAACACAAGAUGAGAAUAAUCUGUGUUUUGAAUGUGGAGCUUUUAACCCUCAGUGGGUUAGUGUGACAUAUGGCAUCUGGAUUUGUCUGGAGUGUUCUGGCAAACACCGGGGCCUGGGAGUACAUCUCAGUUUUGUGCGCUCGGUCACCAUGGACAAGUGGAAAGAUAUUGAACUUGAGAAAAUGAAAGCAGGAGGAAAUGGAAAAUUCCGCCUGUUUCUUGAACUUCAAGAUGAUUAUGACUCCAACUGGACUUUACAGGAGAAAUACAACAGCAGAGCUGCUGCACUCUUCAGGGACAAGGUCGCAACUUUGGCAGAGGGUAAGGAGUGGUCCAUUGAGACAUCCCCUGCCAGAAAUUGGACCUCUCCUCAACCCAAGACCAGCCUUUCAUCCUCUCAUCGCUCUGGAGGACCUGGACAGAACUCUGCAAAAUCUAGCGACAAAGCUUUUGAAGAUUGGUUAAGUGACGACGUAAACUCUUAUCAGAGUGGAGGUGGUUACAGUGGAAAUCAAGAGAAUCGAUAUGUUGGCUUCGGCAACACAGUGACCCCCGAGAAAAAAGAAGACGACUUCCUGAACAAUGCUAUGACUUCUUUUUAUUCAGGUUGGAGCAGUUUUACUGUUGGAGCUAGCAAAUUUGCUUCUAUUGCCAAAGAUAAUACAAGUAAACUGGCAAAUCAAGCAACCUUGAAGUUAAGGGGCUAUAAAGCGCCCCCAGAACCGGCCACUGAGUUAGGACAGACAUUAAAUGAGAAUGUUAUCAAACCUACCCAAGAAAAGGUGAAAGAUGGCAAAUUGCUAGAUGAAAUGGCAGUCAGCAUCUCUGGGCUGGCAAGCAAGGUUCAGGGAGCUGGUGCAAAAUUGACUAAUCUCUUCUCUGGAAAACCGGAAGAUGGGUCUGCUGGAGAGAGCUACCAGAACAUGGAUGCCACUGAGGGAUAUCAAGGAAGUUCAAGCCAGCCUGUGUCAAAGGACUUCUGGGAAACCUUUGGCAGCAACACCUCCCUAAAGGCCAAGAAAUCUCCCAGCAGUGACAGCUGGACCAUCGCAGAUAAUUCUGCAAAGAAGAGCUCUGACAGUUGGGACAAUUGGGGCUCCGAAGCAGCAUCCAACAACAAACACAGCACAGAAGAGAGCUGGGAGGCCUGGGACAACAACUGGGAGAACGCAGAUGGUAAGACGAAGAAGAGUCCUACGAAACCUGCUGAGGAAGCCUGGGAUAAUGCAGACUGGUAGUGACCUCACAACAAUACAUGCCACCUUUUUCCUACUCUGGCCUUCUCCCCCUGUGUCUCCCCCUCUGUUCAUCUCACUGGCACUUUCAGGGAAAGAGCUGAGUCAGCUUAGUUCCUGUUAAUGCAAUCAAAAUAUAUUUAAUAAUCAUCCAAGAAACAAUGAAUAAAGCCCAGGGAUAAUUUUAGCUCAAUAUUAAAUGAAUAUUCUUAAAAAAUACAACUAUGUUGACCUGCAGUCCUGUAUUUUAUUGUAAAUUUCCUCCAUCACAGUGAAUCAAAAUAAAUCAGUGUAGAUAAUGUCAUAACCUUCAGUCUGGGAUCUCCAAAUAUAAUAGUCUUGGGUAAACAAGCCAGUGUUUAUACUGUAUCGUUGGUGUCAUGGUACUGGUUUUCAAUUCACCACAUAAAAAAAAUGAUGCAUGAACGAGAAGAUUGGAUGUUGUAAAUAUGGAUUAUUGUAAAUACAGUAUGAUUGAAGCUGAAUCACACUACUUUCUGUGUUUAAGUUAAACCCUUGGACCUUUUGCACAUUUUGGUUUUGUAAAAUUGAUUAUGAAAUGCGUUUUUGACAGAAUAAAGCCCAUCCAAAGCAUACUGUAAUCACAGCAUUAAAUUAACAGAACAAACGGUCAUCUUAAUUAAUCAGUUGUCUGCCAUUUUUCAAAAUUUGUGUGAAUAUUCACAAUUUUAAAUAAAAAUAAUGUAGAUUAAAGUAGGAUUAAAUGACCUUCAUAGUACUUUAUUUUAUUUUUUAAAUGUGCAAAUAGUCGAUGGUUUCCAAAUCAGCACAGAGCUGGAGAUACAAUAUUGUCAUGUUAGGAUUUUGAGGCGUCCAAAACAAAUUAAGUUUAUCAGUAAAUGGCCCCCUGCUAAAAUAAUUAAGAUGUUUUAGGGUAAAUGCAUAUAUGACAUCACCUUGUUUUAUUACGAGUUGAUUAUUGCACCAAUGACCUUUUUAAAACUCAUUUUGAUUGGUUGAUACAAUAUUGUGAUUCUGCUCUCAUUUUUCCCCAUCUUCAUUGUCUGUCAAUAACAACAGAUCAAAACCCGUCUCUAACUUGUAAUUUACAUGUUCACUGCAAAGGUUUGACAUUUGGUUGUUCUUUGAAGCACAUUCCCAACAUCAUAGUAGGAUUUUUGUCUUCUGAGUAAUGCUAUUUGUACUGUAGUACUUAAACUGUUUAUUUACUUACACCAUAGUUGAGAUGAAACAGUUUGGCUUGAAAAAUGACAAGACAUAUAUGACAUAUAUAUGCCAAAUAUACCUGCCAAUACUUGGGGAGAGCAGGGGGAUUUAUUGCAAUAUUAUGCUAUGUAUCGUCAUUUUUUGUUUGUUUAUUUGUUAUGAUUCUCAUGUUCUGACCCUGAAAAGCUGGCGGAAUUAUUAAACUGAAAUUUAUUGUAGACAUACUCUCAAAUAGGAAUUCACACAGUUAGUACAGGCUGUAUUUACUUGUAAAAUCGUUUAAACCAGGCUCAGGUUGGACAAACUUGCAUUCUCAUGAAUAUACUGUAGCAACUCACAUUAUUGGACAAAAUAAAUAGUUUUAAUCAUAAUUUUGCGGUUUUGUUUUCAAAGAUAUAUUGUGGGGUUUUGAGUAAUUCAUGUCUAAAGAUUAUAUUGUAGAUAAUAACACAUGAAAAUUCCUCUCUGCAGGGUCACAUACUGUAAGUACUGUAAGUGAGCGUGAAGAUUGUGUUUCAGUAAAUGGGCACACAUGGGGAUUGUGGAGUAAAUUGUCGUCAUCGUGCUGUUGUAACUGCUGACCUGUGAGCCUGUAACUCGUGACCUCAGCUGAAGAGACAGGUCGUUGUAAAUUUCAUCUCGUACGAAGCAACUCUGUGAACGGCGUCAAGUGUCACUGCACCUUGUGUAUUGUGAGAAUUUGGUGUCACAAAUACCUUCACACUUGUAUUAACAUCUGAGUUGUGGGUUGAUGUUAAUGAGGCUCAUUAGACGCUGGAUGCUUAGAUGGUCAUAGCUCUCAAACGCUUGUUAGGAAUUAAUUUAAUCAGCCUUGUGAAUCAUUCAGAUUAAAUGGCAGCUGCACUCACAUUGUUCAUAGAUGCAAUUAUAUUCAAAAAAGUUCACUGUUGCGACAAGUAGAGAAGUAAUCAGCAUGAAACUGGUUCUGUAGAAUUUUACUGAGGUACCUGGGUUUAGAUGUAGGCCAAUUUUGAAGCACCUAGUAUUCUAUGUGGCUUUUGAUUCCCUGUAACUCUAAAAAAGUCAAACAAACAUCAAGUUAAAUACUAUGGAACCAGCUACAUCUCUGUUUUUUGAAGUGAUAUUGGAAGACAAUUGGACAUGCUUGAAUUGCAUCUGAUCCUUUGAACAUUAGUGUCUGCUGUCAUCAGCCAGUAUUCAGUUAUUAUCUUCCUGUGCAGCCUUCCACCAGUGCAAUGCAGCUACUGGGGUGUUAAAAAUAUUUUGCAGUCCUCCUAAAGGCAGUCCUCAUUGGGCCUCAUAACUGAACAAAAUAAGAUUUUACCACCAUGCGUUCUGACUAGUGAAGGAUAAAUCCUGGAAACUUAAUUCCACACCCAUUUUCCUACCUCUAACAAGUGUUCAGUUUACUGCCUGAUUUUCAGUUUUUAUUUCAUUCUUUAAUCCUGCAGCAUUGUUUUGAUGUAGACCUCAUUACCACUGUUUUGAUUUUCUGUGGCUCAUUUUGUCUUUGAUGAAAGAAGUGUGUAAUAGCAAAGCUGCAAACGUGAGUCUACAGUGUUUGUGUGUUUUCAGUGACAAUGCGAUGCUGUUAAAAAAAGUCACUCCUGGAACAUUUGUGUAGCUGAACCUUGACAGUCGUGUUCAUGUACGGUCAUGUGUUAAAAGCCUUAAACAGCUGUGUUUGCUUUCUGUUGAAACUGAUGUGUGUUUGCUUCUGUGUCUCUGAUGCAGUGAGGUGUACAUGUCAGUAAAUGAUCAUUUAAAAUACAUUGUUAUCCUCAACUUUUCCUUUACUACAAAAGUUUUAUGGUAUGUCAGUUAAUUUGGUUUUGUUUUAAAAAUGAUGGCGUGACAUGAAACAUGCAAACUGCCAGGAAGUGAAGUGCUGCGAUAGCUCACCAUUUUAGAACGGACAUAUUUGAACAGUAAUUUGUCUGAAAACUGUAACCAAAAAAAAAACAAACAAAAAAGCUACUAGUUCUGAGAGACCACAGCGUUUCAUUCAGUGAAUGUCUCUUGAUUCAUGGACAAACUGCAGAAUGUGUCAUUGAAUGAAAUAUGUCUAAAUGACCUUGAUAAAAAGUCUUUUUUUUUUUUUUUUUUUAAAAUAAAACUGUAUUUGUGAUGUGAUGCUUUUGCCACAUUAUCUAAAUCAAAACUUUCCAGAGGAGCAGUUUCGCUCAGUUUCUGUGCCUGUAGAACAUUUGAGAUUGGGUAUGUCUUUGUUUGUUGAUGAAGCUAAUUAUGUCAGAAAUACUAUUUUUGAUGUAACGCAUGACGUGUAAUGUGGAGCUAAAUACAUUCAGUUGUCUCCUCAGUGAAUUUAAGUGCAGUUGUCCGCUUUCCCCCCUGGAGUUUCACCAGCAGCCAUCCUAUGAGGUGAGCCACUGUUACCUACUAUCCUCUUAAGGCUGUGGAUAUUUUUCCUGUACACAUGGUUUCUGUGUAAAAUAAAAAUGUAUUGUGCCGUGA